AUGCUGGCCGCCACCAGUAACAACCGUAGCCACAAUAGCAUGAAAGGUCUGCAGCUUUUUAUCGCAGACCUGAGAGGUUCGGUUCACGCAGAAGAUCGAGAAAAGAGAAUUCAAGCGGAACUGGUCAAUAUCAGAAGGCAGUUUGGAGCAAACAAUGAGAAGGAGCGCGGUAAAAGUGGCGUUUCACCGCUUACGACCUCAUCGAUGAAUGGAUAUCAACGGAAGAAGUACAUCGCAAAAUUGGCAUACAUUUUGAUAGCUACCAACACCACGCGGAUUGCAGACGUGAUGUUCGGGUUGGACGAGUGCUGCGAACUAAUGGCUUCUUCGGUUUAUUCUGAAAAGUAUGUUGCGUAUAUGACAUUGGAAAUGCUCUACUGCAGCCCAAUUGUGGCGCAAGAGGCCGGAGACCGGAUCAUACAACAGCUUAAGCACGAUCUGGCAUCCGCCAGCGAUGAUUCUGUGUCUUUAGCUCUGAAUUUUUUGGCCAUUGUGGGCAAAUUCAAUUCGCAGCUGACUGCUGAACUCAUACACGAAGUGUUCCAAGUACUUCGAUCGCCAACAUCGGCCCAGAUUCUCAAAAAAAAAUCAGCUCUGGCAUUUUUGGCGCUCCUACGCAAUGACUCCAGUAUUUUGACCCAGGAUUCAAGGCGCAAACAAUUAUGGAUUCAGCGGAUAACAAGUCUCUUGGACGAUUCCACAAACCACAGACUCAUGAUAUCUGUGCUUCCUUUGAUAGACUACAUUGCUCGUGACGUCGAUGGACAGGCCUGUGUCAAACUCAUACCGCAGCUUUCUGACAUUCUUUACAACUGCAUCUCGGGUAAAGGUGAAGCAUCUUAUGAUCUUCCAGGCCACCAAAAGAUGCCAAAUCCUUGGUUGGUCACCAAAAUUGUGGCGAUUCUCAACUAUCUCAUAAGUUCGCCUUCUAGCUCUUCUGGCGAGAUCACCUUCAGCAACAUAGAUCAGGGAACUUUGGGAAAGCUCAGGACGUCUGUUACGAAGGCAAUAGAGAUUGGGACGGAGCCAGCGGUGGAUGCUGUUUCGCGCACUGUCAAAAACACGAUUUUGUUUUCGCUCAUUAAUUUUGCUUCUAAGUUGGAUCCUUCAGCUGAUGCAAUUGUAAGCUCGGUGAAUGCACUUUGCUCGUUGCUUGCGUCUACCGAAAUCAAUACACGCUAUCUGACUUUGGAUUGUCUUAUCAAACUAUGUUCUGUCAGUGGGAAAAGUGCAAGAGACGAUGUACGCGCAAAGCACAUGGACCAGUUGUUCACUCUUUUGCUCACUGAGAGAGAUACGUCCAUUUUACGAAAACUAGUCGAUUUGCUUUAUACAUUGACAGAUAGCAGUAAUGUUCAGCCCAUUGUGAAUGUCCUGCUCAAAUAUAUGAUGGACGCUAAACAAAGUGACAAUUCGAUAAGGACGGAUAUCUCCGUCAAAAUCGCUGUUUUGACCGAGAAAUUCGCCACAGAUACAACUUGGUACGUGGUUGUAUCCCUCGAUUUAUUGGCACUCCCUACAUCCUCCCUGGCCAGUAGCGAUAUAUGGCAAAGAAUUUGUCAAAUCGUGGUCAACAACAAAAGUCUUCAACUGUUAACUUGUCGACGUCUUCUCGAAUAUUUGUACGAGCCAGGUAAUGUCUCGGAGGCAAUUGUCAAGGCCAGUGCAUUUAUUCUUGGGGAACAUGCUGAUUUGCUCGCACCCGAUACGUCUUGCGGCGAGAUCUUCAAUCUCUUCACUGACAAGUAUUUUUCGGUCUCAAAUUUGUGCCGCGCGAUGAUUUUAACAACAAUGAUGAAACUUUACAAAAGAGAUGCUGAUAUUGGGUCUGCUGUCAUCAAAUUUUUCCAGCUGGAACUGAACUCGCUGGAUGUUGAGCUACAGACUAGAUCUUAUGAAUAUCUGAAGAUCAUUCAGCUUGAAAAGCUGACUGGUGUGAAAUUGGUAGAAGCCUUGUUUGAGCCCAUGGCCCCAUUCAGUAGCAAGAAGAACCCAUUGCUAAGCCGCCUGGGUGGAUCUGUGUUGAGUAAUUCAGACUCCGCGAGCGAUAUUUCCAACGGUAAUAGCAUUUCCACUGCCCCAACUCCCCCUCCUACCCGCAAAAAUAAGACUGUUUUGCAGAACAACAAACAUGAUGACCAGCAGUUGGCAGCUGGCUGGCAGGAAGGAUUUGGGAGGAUGCUCAGACACAAACAGGGCGUGUUUUGUACAUCCCCCUUUUUGAAGAUAUUCUACCGUCUUUCAGUUGCGCCGGCGCAACCAGAGCUCUUAGACGUAGUUUUGACAUAUGUCAAUGUUUCUGAUCAGCCUAUAACCUCCCUUCUCACAGAUCUGAUACCCAGCAAAACAGAUAAUGAUCCUCCCUAUAUCAUGAAGGUUCUAAGUGUACCUAAUUUGAAGCUCUCGCAAGGAGAGCGUACUUUGCAUAGGUUCGAAAUACUUACACGUCAUGCUAGUCCAGUGGAACAAAGUCCAAUUCUCAACCUGAGCUUUAAAUGCGGGGGGCAUAGUAGCGAGAUUUCUCUAAAGGUUGCCGCUGGAAUUACCAAUACAAUCUCUACAGGUCAACAAAAAGGACAGGUGAACCUCUCGCAGUUUGUUCAACGGUGGAGAGCUCUCGGUGACGCCUUAGGCAGGGACGGGGAAUAUCAUAUCAAAACAAAAUCAGUACAAAGCCUUGAACAAAUCUAUGCCUGCAUGCAGAAAAUGGGCUUUGAUGUGGUGGAUCAAGCAAUUGCGGAAGAUACAAUCUUCGCGGCAGGCAUCGUCCACACGAAAAUCGAUGGCAACUCAGGUUCUCUUCUGAAGUUGAGAUGGCAAAAAGAUGGUGUUGAUAUUACUUGCAAGACUACAAAAGGCAGCCAGCUCUCUGAAUACAUCGUGCAGUGUGUGUGUGCUGCACUAGCUUGA